UCCACUUGCACUGUGACUGACGGUGGUCAUGUGAUGCUCUAAUACCCAGGGAUUUUCUGGCUUUUACCGGGCAUGCUCCGUAGCCUCCCUCCAACCAUCCCAGUGUGAGGAGAGAUUGCCUUUUAUUGUCCUGCAUUCAGUCGCCUGCUCAGCUCCCUUUACUGGAGGAUCUAUUGUUAAGCGGUGGUGACAUAUACAAUGGUUAGGACUGACGGAUGAAUGGUGCGCUCACACCAUCUUUCCACACUGCUCAUCAGAGGAUAAACACACGUUGGAAUACAUGUGUAAGAGAGAACAACAGGGAUGAGGCAACAUGUCAACAUGACCCCAGUGGACCAGCUGGACCUGCAGUGAGUCUGAUCCAGCUGGAAGAGCAUACAACAAUACACUCUCAUCUGCACAACUGUAAUUUGGAUAUGAAUGGAAAGGUGAAUUCUACUGCUGAAAGGAUCACCCAUUCCAAAAGUGCCAAUAUGGUGUCAGACCUGUCUCCAGAUGCCCAGAAGCUCACCCCACGGAUGUCUCGAACUCCCAGAAAGGUGGCUAUGUUCGGCAAGCGCUCCAACUCGAUGCGCAGGAAUCCCAAAGCAGAGGUCACCAAAAAGGGGUGGCUGUACAAGCAGGCCAGCAGUGGUGUGAAACAGUGGAACAGGCGAUGGUUCGUCCUCACUGACAGAUGUCUCUUCUACUACAAAGAUGAGAAGGAGGACUCUGUGUUAGGGAGUUUGCCGCUGCUCAGUUUCCGGAUCAGGGGAGUGGAUCCCUCAGACAACAUCACCCGUAAAUUUGCCUUUAAGAAAGUACAAAGAAAGGUAUGGUCUGAGGAAAAGGAGGGCGAGGACAGUGAGGUGAAGGAUUCCAUUGUGUUUUGCAUGCAGGCGGAACACGCUGGGACCAGGACGUACUACUUCAGCACAGACAGCCAUGAGGAGCAGGAGGAGUGGAUCACAGCCAUGAGUGAGGCUGCAGAAGUCAGCGUUCCGUCAACACAGAGAACAAACUCGUCAGACACUACGGCUGAUCCCAACCCAACUAUGGUGACCAAGGCACCAGACUCAGAACAGCAACCACAAACACAAACACACAAUAAAACAGACAAUGACUUGACCAGCCAUCCUAAAACUAAUGGGGCCAACAGCGUAGAGACACCUUCACCUUCUACCCCGUCCUCUGAUCUACAGGGGAAAAAGAAUGACAGAAAACAAGGAGGAGAUAAAGAUGAAGGUGGAAGACAUGGUCCUGAUCCCAGCCCUCACUUAAAUCAUCAUCCAAACGGUUGGGGCAACCAUGGCCCUCCCAACAAUGUACCCCACAACAGCAAUAGCAAACAGCCUCUCUCAAGGAGUCACAGCGGACAUCAUGCCACACAACGACACCCAGAGGGGAGUGCUGGUCCAUUACAAGACUCCAGGGAGCAGAAGCAGGAGAACGUAGUGCUGAGGAGGGGCUUUGUGCCCAGGACAGCUCCAGAGAAAGUGGCCCAGAGGAAGAGCUCGAUGGCCCAGCUGCAGCAGUGGGUCAACCAACGGCGGGUCAUGGCCUCACAAGAGGACAUUAACAGCCCAUCUCGUUACUACACAGUGAACGAAGGUAUCCCAGCUGAUUACUACCCUGGUGGCCCCCAGUAUGUGGAUGAGUACCCUUUGUACCCACUGGGGGUCAGACCUGACAGCAUCUGCUCUGUCUCUGCUGUGGGUGGAUACGACCGACGCUGGACUGUGGACGAGAAACGUCACUCACUGAGGGACGGACCCCAUCAGUUGUAUGGACCCCCAAUGUCCAGGGACUCAUGGGGGCCACAGUACUAUGGUGGAAUGGAAACAUCCAUGAGGCGCCUGUCCAUCCAGCCCCGCUCCAGGUCUGUGCCGAGGUCACCUUCUUCAUCAUCAGGAGGGCCCUAUUCACCAGUGCCAAGCAACUUUAUGUCGCCGGCUCGAUCACUCUCUGCCCGCUUUGAUCGGUUUCAAGGAAGGAUGAGGGAUGAUGUGAUCUAUGCUGAUCCAUCCGUCUACAGCCUGAGGAGAUCUCUCAGCUCACCCAAGUAUGACUACCCUGGUGACAGGAGGUCCUUAAACCAAGGAUUAUACCAUCAAAACUACCCUCUAUCCCCUUCCAUCCACAAUAAAAUGGAGGACAUAUUAGACCUUCAGCUCCAGCGCAACCUGGAUUACCUAGACCAACAGGUACUCGAGAGAAGCCGCCUAAAUAGCAUGGUUACCCGAAUGGUGAAGCGCUCAUCCUCAUCAGCAAAGCUCUGUGUACAAGUUCCUCCAUUUCAUGACGUCUACAGCAGAGAGUUACAUCCCACACUGAAACUGAAUGAGAUUGAAACCAGUAAACUCUUAGGGCGACUGUGUGAGCAGAAUCGAACUUUGAAAGACCACGAGGCUGUUGUCCACAGACUGAGAAUGGACAAGGACAACCUCGAAGAAGCACUGGUGGCCACCCAUCAGGAGAUGGAGCUGUACCGUAAUCAGCCUAUCGCCAUGGAAAAGCUGCAGUUCAAAAAGGAAACCCUGCAGAACCAGCUCAUCAACAUCAGAGGGGAGCUGUCCCAAGCCUCCAGUGCUUUAACCACCACUCGUAUGGAGUUUGAAGCACUGGAAGAUGAGGCCCAUGCCAUCCAUGGUGAUCUAUGGGAGCAGCUUAAUGCAGGAGGACAGAGUGAACUUGUUCGUCGGCACAUCCAGAAAGAGUUUUGGAGAGUCCAGGAUGUAUUAGAGGGAUUGCACAAGAAUAACUCAUCCAGAGGUACAGACACAGCCAAGCACAGAGUUGCCAGCGGUGCAUCAGGCUCCUUUAGCACCAAUAGUCCAGCCAGUCCCCUGAGCUCAAUAAGCCUCACCAGUCCGCUCAGCCCCUUCUCCCCAGUGCCCGGCUCCCAGGCCUCCCCUACCAAACAGCUGGGCCCGGAGGAAAGUGUCCCCCCAAGGCCUCCCCUCCCCAAGGCCUAUUAUCCAUUGGAAUCCUCCCCCACCUGCCCUCCCUCCAUCCCCCCAUUGCCCUUUGACAGCACCGCCUGGCUACGCAGCUUGGGCCUCGAUGAUGGUUACCUUGAUGGUGAAGAAGCUCACAUCAGAAAGCCAAAGUUUGGGGACCAAUGCAAUGACAAGCAGGACCAGGUCCAGGACAGACAUUCCAGCACAAAUAAAGUUGGCAUUGUUCCUCCUAGAACCAAGGCCUCCACAGGGGACGCACACAGCAGCCCUGCUGUUUCCCGACAUAAUGGUAGAGUGCCUAAUGGAAUCUCCAGGGAGCGUCCAAAGAGUGCUGUGUUUUCUGCAGAGGCAAAGUUGAAGAUGAGUGUUGAGGAGCAGAAUGAGCGAAUUCGCCGCAACCAGAGCAGCUCCAUGAGAGAGAAGAGGCGGAGUCUAAACCUCUCAGGCGGCCAGUCUCCAGCCAACUACAGAGUGGUUCGGCGGCGGUUGACAGCUCAUGAGAUUGACAUUAAAGACCUGGAAACAGCGGUUCGGGGACCGGGACUAGAGUCACCACGAGAAGAAAUAGCUCGCCUUCGACGGUUGCAAAUUGGACCAGAACACUACGAACUAGACAUCAGCAAAGAGCUCAUGGCUCCUGACAAGGUUGUGAUCCCAGAGCGUCACCUAGAGGUAGAGGAUAACACACCUCUGAGCCCUGAGGAGCAGAAGGAGAAGCAGAAGAAACUGGAGCGGAUCAAGACCCUCAUUGCCAAAUCAAAUUUGCAGAAUAUGGUUCCUCUUCUGGAUGGACCAGUGGAGGGUGGAGCUCCAGUCAGCUCCCAGCAGCAGUUGGAGGAGCAGGAAAAGCUGAUUGAGAUCUCCUGCACUUUGGCUGCUGAGGCCUCUCGUCGCAGCCGCAUUCUCUCUGCCCAGUGUGCCCCCAGUCCCCCCACAUCCCCAACCAGCCUGGCCCCUCCCCCUUCCUCUUCUGACUUCCCCACCUCAGCCCACAUCAUGAAGGUGUAAGUCUGACAAGCUCAAGCCCUGGCUGCUGUCAUUUUUGAUGGAGCAUCUUUCUGAGGAUUUACUGUACAAAAUGAACAAUGGAGAUGACCACAGACAAAUUACUUUUAUUUUUUUAGCACCUAUAAACUGAUACAACCAAGCAAGGAGAUCUGUCAAAGGAGGUUGUUUGGAAGAUAAAGCAAAUUUAAAUCCCAGAGUGAAGCUGUAAAGACGAUAAAGCCCACUCUCUCAACAGCUGAUCCAUCCAACCCGAGGCAGCCUGCAUCGCCGUGUCUCCAGUGACACAAAGAAAGGCUGCAAUCCCUUACCAGCUUCAAGUUGUAUAAUAUUUCUACAUAUUUUAGCUCAGGACAUGUUUGACAAAGUAGAGAUUACUGAUGACUUCUGAUGAUGUGGUGUUUUACACUUAAAGUGGGAAAAUGUAAGUAAAGGAUUGAUAUUUCAAGCACUUCUACAGGUUGCAUGUGAAAGGUCCACAUUGAAGAUGAGAAGAGACAGAGUCUGGGAUGACAUCAGAUUAAUGUCCUUUAGAGUCUCACAAAAUCUGGACACUAAAAGCCAAAAGAGACAUUCUUACUUCUAAUAAUCGUCUACACCACCAGUGGAUUGAAGCUGAGUGUGGCUCAGUACUUGACUGAGGAUACAGUAUAUACUGACACUUUCAAAAAUAAACAAAAGGCCUCUCAUCCUUUGUAAAAAAAAAUCCAAGGACUGUCCUUGAACUCACUGUGAUGCCUAUUUUCCCUACAACUCUCCUACGCUAAUCCCACCAUAUUCAGCUUCUCUGCGUUGCAACCGUUAGCAUUAGAUACAGUGCAUUUCAAUGGGCCAAACACAGUGUCGCCUGGAUCAUGUUUCUCUUCCAUGCAUUUCCUAUUGUUCACACCGAGCAAACAAAAUAAGCAGUUUGCUGAACUAAAGGUGAACGUUACAUAAACCACAUUCAAUCUUACGAUGCUGCUAGCUAUGUUUUACAUCAGAAUACCAUAUCAUAAUCAGUAUCAGGAUAACACAAAUAUUAAUUUUCUUAACAUUAAUCCUCUACCUCUCCAAUAUCUGCUGUCCUUCUUGAGAUUGUCUUUACUCAAGGACUGGUUAGAUCAGAGAGUGAAGUCCCUAAUAUACACACAAUGAAGCUUCCUGUACACUCUACAUUGGCUGUUUGAGUUUGCACAUGCAUUUGGGUCCUAAUAACUGUUAUAUUUGAUGACCUUUACAAAGACUGACUUGAACUUAACCCACAACAGCUGUAGGAAGAUCAUAACAGUGUGCACAGUGAUGCUUGCUCUGUAAAAGUAAAACAAAAAAACAAAAAACAAAAACAAAAAAAGAUCUUGCUUGAGUCUGUGCUAAGUUGACUUCACUCUCUGAACAACGUACCAGUUACAUUGUUCAGGCUGAAACCCAGAUUUAUUUAUUUAUUUUUUCACUGAAAUUAGCUCAUUUUAACUCACACUAACACAAGCACACUUGCUGUGUUUCUGUUCAACCACAAGUGUUUGAACCAGAGCAAGGAAACGGCAAGCCACAUGGUCUCCCUAAAUAUCACAACUAAAGCAUUAAAAUAAAAACACCAGCAGUGGAUUAGCAGUAACUAUACUGACUUCAGGAAAGAGCAGGGAGCAACACAGUCUCUGGCACGCUACCAUACAUAUUCUACUGCUCUCACAAUCACACCAACAGUCAAUGUAGUGUGUCCAAUUUACCUAGAAUCCCCAUAUUGCAUGUUUUUGGACUGUGGGAGGAAGCCGGAGAACCCGGAGGAAACCCACGCACACACACAGGAAGAACAUGUACACUUUUUCUUUUAAGAUUUUUCUUUUUUCUUGGGUUGCACCCCCCUCCGAAAAAGCAGUUCAGCAGUUUUGCUAUCUUUCUUUUUCUUCUGCUUUCUUUAACAUUUUGAAAUAGGACCUUUUAACCGUUGACAGAGGUACAGUAUGUGCUCUCAGUCUUUGAGCACUUUUGAGGCUACUUGUAAAACUCUGACCUCCACAAGAUCCCUCUGCGUUACACAGUUCUGAACUGCUUUGGCACAAAACGUUGGCAUGGAGCAUGAAGCUCUGAUGUAGACCAGUUAUAUGAAUGUAAUUCCUCUUGAAAUCCCAUCACCUCACUACCAGCCACUGUGUGCAAUCCGGCUUUGAUUAAAUCCUUUCACAUUUAGCAUCAGAUUGAGUAAGUCCAUCAAAAUGCUCAAGAAAAUACACAGUGACUGGCUAUCCUGUUAAGUAUACUGGAUAUAUGUAUGUCUAUAAAUGGUAUAGUGUAUGUGGAAAGUGAUAAUAGAAGUGACCUUAGAAGAGUAAAAAAGCUGGUCUGUGUAAAGAGGACAUAAGAACUUAAGAUGUAUUUGUGCGGAAAUAGUCAAUAUACUGGUAAAUACUGUCAUGUAGCAUAUUCCACUAACAUUCCAUCCCAUCAUGCUGUGCCAAAACUCUGAAAUAUGUGUUUUAUAUGUUAUAAUGAAUGGACUUAUUGUCGACAAGACUUACAAUGGUGUUUAAAUCUGGAGAAAACGCAAUUAGUGAUGUUAUUUAAUCACAGUAUUAAAUAAUCAUGGAUGAAUUUCACAAUUCAGCUUCCCCUUCCUAGAAACACUGUUAACUGCUAUUUUGCAUGAAAGCUGGGAUAGGAAAGAUAUUUGAUGUUGUUAUUGUUCAACAAUCCCAUAAUUAACAUUCAAAAAACAACAAAACCCUACAUCUGAUCUUUCCUACCCCAUCUUAAUUUCGUUUUGUUAAAACAAAAAAAGACAAAAAACACAUUCUACAAACCUCUGUGUUUAAACCUUACAUAUCUGUCUUACAAAAAGACAUUGAAAUUCAGUUGUUAUAAAGUAAUUUAUUAAUUUCAGAUGACUAAAAGAGACCGUUUGUCAUAAGUCGUCAUUCCCCAUGAUAUGACCUGUGUGACCCUGCGAACACAUACCUAACCUUUGUCAUGUACAUGUACUUCAUGCUCUUUUGCCCUUACAUGUUAAAGUGACCUGUCUUCAUUGAAAGGUAUUGUAUGUCCAUACUCAAAUUCAGAGAAAGUAUAUUACAUAAAAUGACAUAAAUGGAUUUUUUAUAUAGUGAAAACAGUUACAGGCUCUCAUGAUGCAAAAAAAUAAAAAUAAAAUCAAGGAAGUUGAGAAAACCUUUAUUUUUCCUUAUUUGAGUUUUGUAAGAAAGGGAGGCAGUACAUAUUUUUUUAGAUGCAUGAUUAUUCAGUGACAAGUUGUUCGAUUUUUACACUCAAAUAUCUAAUGUGUAACAUUUUUUCACAAGCAAGACUUUGUUUUUCUUUUAUAGCACUUGAGGGUCAUUUGAAGGAGCAGAAUAUAGAUAUUUUUGGAUUAAUUGGAAUCUGACACAUAAAGAAAUGACAGCCAAAAGGUGGUGUCCAAUAUUUGGUACUAGAUGUAGCAUUUGUGGAUGUUGAAAAUAAAUAAUAUAUACAUUGUAUACAUUGGCCCGUGUAUAUAAUAAUUUGGAUUUUAGAUACAAUAUAUCCUACUAUUACAUGUAACCGUUGCUUCUAUGGGUGAAAAUAGAUUAAACUGCUUGAACUAUGCAAAUUAUAUACAUAAAAGAGAGACGUACAAUACGCUUGCUUUCAAAAAAAACCUUGCAAUAAAGUGAAUGUACAAAAACA